GUCCUCAUCCACCAGGCUGUGGUAGGUACGCCAUGUGCAGUGGAGGAUCAGUGUGACGUGGGAGAGUGUUGUCAGAUCUUGAGUGAGUUCAUGGUGGUCAGCAAGAAGAGGGCGGCUGCUGAUUGCGAUUCACCAAUGGCCGGUAAGUGAGAAGUGAUUAUUUACUGGGGCUAAAAUUAUGAAAGCAUUUGAAAUAACGUUGUCUUCUGUCUGUCACUUUGCCUCCCGUUUGUAUCUUCUGGCUGUAUCUUUGCCCCCUGUUUGUAUCUUCUGUCUGUAACUUUGUCUUCUGUCUGUCGCUUUGCCCCCUGUUUGUAUCUUCUGUCUGUACCUUUCUCUUAUGUCUGUCGCUUUGCCCCCCCCUGUUUGUAUCUUCUGUCUGUAUCGAGCUUUGACCACUCCGCCCACCUGUUCUUAUUAUCGUAUGUUGAAAUAAGCAGAAUUUAGAUCAUUUUUUAAAAGCAAAACCAUGUUGCCCUCACCCCUUUAGUCCGUUACUAAAAGUCUUGUCUUUUGUUGAUGUUCGCCCAGUUUAUUUAUCGAUGGUCAAUAUCUAUAAGUCUCUCCACAUUCUAGACUUCUUGACGUUACAAUAUAUAAUGUAGCAACAUUUAAAUUAUGUAUUAAGUGGAGAGGGGAACUUGAGGGGAACUUGAGGGGAACUUGAGGGGAACUUUUUGAAAUGUUGUUGAUGUCCGUCCCAGUAUCACACCAUUAGACAUCAAUAUGACACUAUGUCACAUCAUUAGACAUCAAUAUGACACUAUGUCACACCAUUAGACAUCAGCAUGACGCUAUGUCACACCAUUAGACAUCAAUAUAACACUAUGUCACAUCAUUAGACAUCAAUAUGACACUAUGUCACAUCAUUAGACAUCAACAUGACGCUAUGUCACACCAUUAGACAUCAACAUGACGCUAUGUCACACCAUUAGACAUCAAUAUGACGCGAUGUCUCACCAUUAGUCUCUACAGUUUCCCUGUGUUACAUCAUCAGUCCCUUGUGUGUCUCUUUCAAUUGUGUUGCAGGGACCUGUCAGAAGUACACCGUAGAAGGGAGUGGCUGUGGGACGUUCGAUAAAAUGAACGGCUACUGUAGCUGCGAGCCUGGCACCUACUGUCACGUGUACGAGAUUCCAAUCACGACAGGUCGAAGUGCAAGAGCUCAGGUCAUGCCGAGGCCUGGCUACCAAUGGAUCUCAAGGUGUGAGAAAAGAGUGUCAGGAGGCUAG